UGUUUUUUUAAACGGAGAUCCCGGAAGUGAGCUGGGGCUGCGACUGGCGCUGUAUUAAGCGGCCGGGUCCGCUGGGAAAGGGGGGGAAAAAGUAACUCGCGAGGAGGGGGAGGGACAGGACACCUUCGGGAAAAAGGAGGGGGGGGCCCUAAAAGGGAAAAAAUGGCGUCGUUCAUCACGGUGCAGAUGAAGAAGGCCUCGGAGGUGGACUUGGCCAAGCCUCUGUGCAAGUUCAUCCAGCAGACUUACUCGGGCGGGGACUCGCAGACGGAGCACUGCCGCGCCGCCGAGGAGCUCAACAAGCUGCGCAAGAGCGCGCUCGGCCGCUCGCUGGACAAGCACGAGAGCUCGCUCGAGACCCUCCUGAGAUAUUAUGAUCAGCUGUGUUCCAUAGAGCCAAAAUUUCCAUUUUCUGAAAAUCAGCUAUGUGUAACCUUUACCUGGAAAGAUGCUUUUGACAAAGGAUCAUUAUUUGGUGGAUCAGUUAAACUUGCUCUGGCAAGUUUGGGCUAUGAAAAGACAUGUGUGCUGUUCAAUUGUGCAGCUUUAGCUAGCCAGAUUGCAUCAGAACAAAAUCUUGACAGUGAUGAAGGAUUGAAAGCUGCUGCUAAACAUUAUCAGUUUGCUAGUGGUGCCUUCCAGCAUAUUAAAGAUACAGUUCUCUCUUCUUUGAAUCGAGAACCUACAGUGGACAUCUCCCCAGAUACAGUUGGCACAUUAAGUCUUAUCAUGCUGGCUCAAGCUCAAGAAGUCUUUUUUCUAAAAGCUACAAGAGAUAAAAUGAAAGAUGCCAUCAUAGCUAAACUUGCAAAUCAAUCUGCUGACUACUAUGGUGAUGCUUUCAAACAAUGUCAGUACAAGGAUACCUUACCCAAGGAGGUGUUUCCUGUUCUGGCUGCAAAACACUGCAUAAUGCAGGCCAAUGCAGAGUAUCAUCAAUCUAUACUGGCAAAGCAGCAGAAGAAAUUUGGUGAAGAAAUUGCAAGACUGCAGCAUGCUGCUGAUCUAGUAAAAACUGUGGCCUCUCGCUAUGAUGAAUACAUAAGUGUAAAAGACUUGUCUGACAAGAUCAGCCGUGCACUCACUGCAGCAAAGAAGGACAAUGACUUCAUCUACCAUGACAGGAUUCCUGAUCUUAAAGAUCUAGAGCCUAUUGGGAAAGCCAGCCUUGUGAAAGCUACUCCAGUUGUUGUCCCUCUGAGUCAGAAAUUUAUUGAUUUGUUUGAGAAGAUGGUUCCUUUGGCAGUACAGCAGGCUCUUACCCUCUACAACCAAAGAAAGGCAGAUUUGGUGAACAGAUCCAUUGCCCAAAUGAGAGAGGCCACCAACCUGGCAAAUGGAGUGUUGGCAUCCCUUAAUCUCCCUGCUGCUAUUGAGGAUAUAUCUGGAGAUAGUGUUCCUCAGUCUAUUCUGCAGAAGUCAAAGUCUGUGAUUGAGCAGGGAGGUGUCCAGACAAUUGAUCAGUUGAUGAAAGAUCUUCCUGAACUGCUUCAGAGAAAUAGAGAGAUUCUGGAUGAGUCUUUAAGGAUAUUAGAUGAAGAAGAAACAACAGACAAUGAGCUGAAAAACAAGUUCAAGGAACGUUGGCAAAGAACGCCAUCAAAUGAUCUUUACAAGCCUUUGAGGGCAGAGGGAGCCAAUUACCGUAAUAUCUUGGAUAAAGCUGUGCAAGCUGACAAACAGGUUAAAGAACGUUACCAGUCUCAUCGAGAAACAAUUUCACUGUUAUGUAAGCCAGAGCAAGAACUGAAUGCAGCAAUUCCUUCAGCAAAUCCAGCAAAAACUAUGCAGGGGAGUGAGAAUGAUCUGAAAUCGGUGAACUUUGAUAUGACAAGUAAAUUCCUAACAGCACUUGCACAGGAUGGUGCUGUAAAUGAAGAAGCUGUUUCUGUGACUGAAUUAGAUCGUCUGUAUGGCAGUCUCACCCAUAAGGUACAGGAGUCUCUGAAAAAGCAGGAGGAACUUCUCAACAGCAUUCAGAAUUCGCAUCAAGAAUUUUCUAAGAUGAAGCAAUCAAAUAAUGAAUCGAAUUUAAGGGAAGAAGUUUUAAAGAACUUAGCUGUAGCCAAUGACAACUUUGUGGAACUUGUUGCCAACCUGAAAGAAGGAACAAAGUUCUACAAUGAGCUGACUGAAAUCCUUCUGAAGUUCCAAAACAAAUGCAGUGACAUUGUCUUUGCACGAAAAACAGAAAGAGAUGAACUUCUGAAAGAUUUGCAGCAAAGUAUUGCUAGAGAGCCCAGUGCCCCUUCUUUUCCUUCUGUGCCUGCCUAUCAAACGGGUCCUGCUGGAGGAAACAAACCGCCUGCAUCGUCUGCUCCGACCCCGGCCCCCAGAACCAUGGUGUCUAGUAAGCCACAGCCACCAGCACGUCCUCCGCCACCAGUGAUUUCGACAGCAAAUACAGUCUCAGCUCCCCCACCAGCUGCCUCCGGGACAAUGGCUGUUCCAGCUAGUUCUGCAACCAGCACAGCACAUUCGCAGGCUCAGGGACCGCCAUAUCCCACUUACCCAGGGUACCCCGGGUAUUGCCAGAUGCCUUUACCGAUGGGAUACAAUCCUUAUAUGUAUGGCCAAUACAAUGUGCCGUAUACACCUUCACCUGUAUACCAAAAUCCUGGACAAGCACCAUACCCUGGACCUCAGCAACCUGGAUACCCUUACCCACAACAACCUGGAUACCCUUACCCACAGCAAUAACAUAUCUGCACAGAUGUACUGCCUGUUAUAGCUAAGAGAAUCUUGCAAUAAGCAUACUAAAUCUUUUUGUUCCAGUUAGUGUACCUUACUCUAUUGAAGACAGUCUGUAACUUCUCUCUCUGGCUAUAUACUCAAAAAGUUGCGCUUGCAGUUGGAUUCUGACUGUGUUACACCUUUUGAGGGAUUUACAAGCUGCUGUAAUUUAUGGACAAACUUGUAUUACAGCAAAGUUCAUUGGUACAUAAGCUGCUCUUUAAAUUAGACCAAAAUGUUCUUCACAGAAAUCAUUAUUUGCUAUAAAUAGCAACUGGAGUAUUUCACAGCAAUGUUAAAAGCACUGGGGUGUGAUCUAUGCUACAAAACUAAAAAAGAGUUUCUUCUAUAUUAUGUUGGUUUGUAUCUUGGAUUUGAGUUUAGUUUACCAAUAUGCUAUUUUUGUCUAAUCAAGGCAUUGUAAAUCAUAAAGUGCAAAAUAAAAUUGCAUAGGAAUGGUUUAAAAUCUUUAACACUCGAUGAUAUGACCAGUGUUGUAUGCUUCUGAAGUUUGAAGGCACUCAUCAGCGCUGGUUGUUGAAGCUGAAGCUUCUGCUGCAAGUCGAGGUUAGUUGUACUCAGUUCCUGUUAUAUAAAAGCAAUUCCAUAAAUCAAGAUGUUGUGAUGUUAUCCUAAAAUGAGACACACAAAAUAAAAGAUAUUUUUAU